AAGGGGUCAAUAAAAUAUUUCGCAAGACUUUGCUUGCUCGAAGCAAAGUGAAAACAAACCGUCUGAGGCAAGUAGGAGAAAAAGUGCAUUUUGGUGACGGUGUGAACAAGAAACUUGGCCAUGGUGGAGCCUUCGACUGGCUCGUCACCAGCGGCUGACGACAAUGGCGGAGCUCCGCAACCAGCCGAGAACGCCAGAGAGCGUGGCGGUCUGGUGAAGAAGCCCGGAGCGUGUAGACGCUGUUGGCAGUGGACUUGGUCGCUAGCAGUGCCAUUGUUCGGCGUUCUGCUCGCUAUCAGUGGCUACGAGAUGAUGCGAAGCAGCAUGGUGCAGUUGGGUUUCAUAUCGCCUUUCUACUCUUACGAGAAUUUGGAAAUUGACGUGGACGAGAACGUGCAGGCGAUGUUCAUGGGUUAUGACCAGGAUUUGGAUGGCUACUUGAGUAUGAAUGAGUUCACCAUGCUCUAUCCCAAACUCGUUGGCCAAGAGCCGACAAGUGCGCUGGAGAUGAACAAUCAGACCAACAUGACCGAUUUUGAUGAUCUGGGGGAGGUGCUGCUGCUGACGUCACACUUCCAACCACUUGUGAUGGACUCCAUGGAGAAAGCUAAUGAUAAGCUGGGAGUGGGAUUUGACAGUCGUGUUUUCCACGGCUUGAAGGCCUGGCAGAAGGCAUCGCACAACAAGUCUGCACUGAGUGUCAGUUACCUCAGGCCAUUGCUGGAGGGAAUGAACAGCAUGCCAGUGGUCGGAGAUGUCUGGGACAUUCUCUCACCCAGCUACAUGCAGAGAAACCACGGCCUCUCGUCGACCAGGAUAUACCCGCCGAAGCCAACCCAGGCAGUUGAAUCCAUACUGUUCAAGCUGAUGUCUCACUUUCACCCCCGACCGUUCGUGAUGCCUCGUUUUGGACCCUUUGGCUGCCGCGGUGUUCUGGUUGCUGAAAACGAAGAGAACUUUGACGUACUCAUUCGGCUGCAUGCAGAGUUUCAGGUGAAUGCGCCACCACAGUACGCCUUCUGGUUCACGCCGGGCCAGUUCAUGGUCCGUAUGGUGAUCAACCGCUCUCUGGAGAAAAUCGAGCACUUUCACCUGUAUGUGCCGGCUACCAAGGCCCUCAAUGUUGACAUGGAGUGGCAGACUGGACACGGUGGGAUUGAGAACAUGGAAGUUGAUAUUGGUUUCCUGCCUCAGAUGGAGCUGCGCAUGCACGCCCCAUCUGUGCGUGCUCCAGAUCCCCUGGAAGGAGAGGUAGAAGAUGAGAAUGGAACCACGCGGAGGGUCUUUGUCAUGCCCGAUGCUGACAAUCUGCAUGAGAGCACGCAGGAACAACAUACUAAUCCCAGUGAAAUGAAGUGGAACUCGAAAAUCUCCGAAGAAGAGGCUGCAUCUAUCCUGGAGAAGGCAUUCUUUGACUUCAAGAAGGUUCCGUACGUGCCGUUCUUGGAUGCAUUCCAGUACGCACAGAAGGAGAGCAAGCUGGUUCAUCUCAUCUUGCUCUGGGGCGUGUUGGAUGACCAGUCCUGCUGAGGUUCCGGGCGAGCUUUGAGGGAAGGUGCCCUCGCAAGCUCGCCCGUGCUCAAUCUUCUCAAGGAGAAGUUCAUCAGCACUUGGUCCUUGGUUGUAGACCUGAAGGACAUUGCUGACAAUCAUCCCGCUGAGAAUUCCACUCUGGCCAAGUUGGCACUGGAGUCCUAUAAUUUCCCAGUGGAGUCUUUGGUGAUAGCACCGAAUGGCACAGUGCUAGCGCAUGUCAAUGCCAACAAUCUCCUGGAUGAGCCGCUGGAUGCUAGCAUUCUGAUAACUGGCGACCAGAGUAUUACGGCCUACGUCAGCUUCUUGAACAGAGGUAUCAAUGCCGUUUAGAUGUGCCCGGCCGCUGCCUGACUUGCAUCUAACGGAGCAGGUCCUAUUCCGACUACCAUUUGAUGCUGCAGCAGCACGGGAUCAAGUGUAACUGUGUUGCAGUUCCAGAGUUGUUUUCCCUGCCUGUCUGCACGUACUCCCUCGGCUUGGGGUGGUGUUGCGAAACCAGUUUGCUGUCGACAGUUGGUAGUGACGAGCUCGAUGUCAAACACGUCUUGCGUGAGCGUCGGGCUCUGAUGUUCACUGUUGUAACGCACUGCCAUUGCUUCGGACCACAAGUCCCAUGGACGCAUCGUGCAACCUGUUCAUGGAAGCAGCUGCUGGAGCAGCAGUUGUCAUGUGGUGAUAUCUUUAUGCUUGGACAUUCAAACGUUUAUCUGAAUACUGUUUAUGACGUGCAGAUUGAGUAUAACGUGGAUAUAUCCCGAUAUUUUGCAAACGUUUUUAUCUCACCAUAUUCUUGCCAUUCUUUCUUGAACCCCCCCCCCCCCCACACACACACACACUACUUGUGUCACAUUCUAGAUGGCUGGUGGCUACAUUGCUCAUUCCACAAUGAAGAUUUCUCUACAAUGUCAUUCUCAUGAGAUGCUUGUCAGAUCUGGAAACUUGGUUUACUAUCUGUGAAGGUCACAGAGAAUUGAA